AUGGCUCGCUCCAGUGCCGGCUUUACCUAUGUCGCCGACGACUCUACCUAUGACGCCGAUAAAAUCCUGCGGGUAUCCCUCCGAUACAAAGACAGAGAGCUGCAGUACAUGAAGAAGUACAAACCCCACAGAGACGUUGUCCAGCAUCUGAGAGUCCUGCUUUAUGGUCCAGUUGGAGGUGGAAAAUCCAGUUUCAUCAACUCUGUCGACAACGCCCUACGAGGCAGAAUGACAGGCAGACCUUUGGCUGAGGCAAAUACCAGUGAAAGUUUCACUAAGGAAUAUAAAACCUACAAAAUCAAAAAAGGACAGCCUGAGGACUUUUACCCUUUUGUCUUCAAUGACACUAUGGGUCUUGAGAUGGACGAGGAUGGAGGAGUCCAUCCAGAGGACAUCAAACUGGCCUUGAAUGGACAUGUGAAAGAUGGUUACACGUUCAAUCCUGCAUCUAAACUGUCAGAUGACAAUAAGUAUUACAACACAGAACCAACUAAGAAUGACAAAGUUCAUGUUCUGGUGUGUGUUGUACCUGCUGACAAAAUACCUCUACUGAAAGAAGACGAUGUGAGGAAGAUAAAGCAAAUAAGAAGGAUGGCAGGUGACCUGAGAAUUCCCCAGCUGGCCGUCAUCACCAAAAUUGAUUUAGCCUGCCAAGAGACCCAGAAUGAUCUGAAGAACGUCUAUAAGAGCAAAAAGCUGAAGGAGACAUGUGAACCUGCUCUCAUCUGUGAAGAGAACGGGGCUCCAGUGGUGGACCUGCCAAUUCUGGUGUUCUCUGGUGGUUCCAGUCGAGCUGCACAGAGCUGGGCUGUGAGCACAGGUCCCACUAGAGGACAUUGGGCCCUCAUGCCACCCUCAUGGAGGCUGUUUCUGAGAGUUUGGUGUGCCAUCUUGGAGGAGCUGGACUACCUAUACAACCUGACUGGGCUGCAGGACCUGCGUGAUGUCAAGAUUGUCACCCUGUACAAGAACAAGGGUGACCACAGUGACUGCAACAAUUACCGUGGCAUAUCCCUGCUCAGCAUCGUAGGGAAGGGCUCAGUCAGCUGUGAAGGUGAAACAUCAGAGGCCUUCCUGAUCCGCAGCAGUGUGAAGCAGGGCUGUGUUCUUGCCCCGACCCUCUUUGGAAUCUUCUUCUCUGUCCUGUUGUCGGCUGCUUUUGGCUCAUAUCCUGAAGGUGUCUACCUUCACACCAGAGCAGAUGGCAAACUUUACAACCUUGCCUGA